AGGCCCCUUUUGCAACAAAAAAUCUUUUACAAGGAUUUCCUUGAGUCCCAUUCGUUUGUGGAUAAAUAUAGUCAGACUAGAUCGGAAAGCAAUCUUACUAUACUUGCAUAUGUCACCCCUCGAAGUACCUUACUGCAAAGUUUUCUUUUAUCUCUCCCGUCUGGCUACAAAUUAGGCGAGUCGACCAGACAUAUAAGCUCUUUGGUCUUCACGACGUGGAUAAGUGUAAGAAUUCUUUCGUAUAUUAAUCUGUCAGCUUGGAUGAAGGAGCUAAAAAUUUCCGACCCAGCUAUCAAAAUUGUUCCAAGGAUCCUUUUCGACGGUUGGUCCAGUCUAGAUUUUUCAGAGACAUUGACAAAAAGGUCCAAUGCUCUCUCUUGUGCAGCCAUUAUUGUUCAAGCCCUACAGGAAUAUGGAUUUGAUGGUGCUGUUCUAGAACUUUGGUCUCAACAUAGUGGCACGUCUGAAACAGAUCUCGUGAAUUUUAUCAAGAUUCUGUCCCGGAGUUUCAAAGAUUCUGCCAUGGUUAUAAUUCUUGUUGUACCACCCUUCAUGUAUAAUGGCGGCUUCCCAGGAAGAUUCCAGCGAAAUCACUUUACUUUGCUAUUCGAAAAUAUUGACUACUUUAGUCUGAUGACAUAUGACUAUUCAAAUGCUCAUUCGCCUGGCCCUAAUAGCCCAAUAGGCUGGGUCAAAAAGUGCAUCUACCAUUUGGCUCCUGAUGAUGAUGAUGAACCUGAAAAAGUUGCUAAGCAACGAGCGAAAUUACUAGUAGGCACAAAUUUUUAUGGAAAUGAUUAUGAGCCUUCAUACCAUCGCGCCAAUUCGAUCCUUGGUCAAGACUUUGUUAAACUCGUGGAUCAAUAUCAUCCAAGUUUUCUCUGGAACGAAGAGGAUGCGGAACAUGUUGUAACAUACAGGGACAAACGCAGUAUAGAGCAUCAAGUCUUCUAUCCGAGUAUGCUUUCAAUUGCCCGUAGGCUUUCAUUACUGCAAGAGCUUGGAACUGGACUUUCAAUCUGGGAAAUCGGUCAGGGUCUCGAUAGCUUCCUUUCUCUUUUGUGA